GCAGGCAGGCAGUCGCUACAUCCGUUGGCAAACGGCGAAAUCAGAGGCUGUGACAUCAUUACCACAACUGUUAAACUCAGGACGCUUCGACGGGAUUUUUAUUUCGCAGUGUGGAAUUCUAAAGCGCACACUCGUAGCCCUCACGGCUGUCAAAGAGCACUCACGGAGGAUUUUUUUCUUACAAGUUUUUGAGGAUAAUUUUAAACAAAACAAACAAACAAAAAAAAUGCCUGCUGACAUGAUGGAAAAAAACUCAUCUUCCCCGGUUGCCGCAACCCCGGCAAGCAUGAACACAACACCUGAUAAACCCAAGACAGCCUCAGAACAUAGAAAGUCGUCUAAACCAAUUAUGGAGAAAAGAAGACGAGCCAGAAUAAACGAAAGCUUGGGACAGCUGAAAACGCUAAUCUUGGAUGCUUUGAAAAAAGAUAGCUCUAGACACUCGAAACUUGAGAAGGCGGAUAUCCUGGAGAUGACUGUGAAGCACCUCAGAAACAUGCAGCGUGCGCAAAUGACUGCUGCUUUGAACACAGAUCCCACCGUUCUUGGAAAAUACAGAGCCGGAUUCAGUGAAUGUAUGAAUGAAGUUACCCGAUUCCUGUCCACCUGUGAAGGGGUUAACACCGAGGUCAGGACACGGCUGCUGGGUCACUUGGCCAACUGCAUGACGCAGAUCAACGCCAUGAACUAUCCCACACAGCACCAAAUAGCUGCUGGCCCCCCGCACCCAACUUUCGCUCAGCCUAUGGUUCCGAUCCCUAGCGCAACUCCUCAAGCCAGUGUACUGCCUCUCAGCGGAGUACCCUGCAAAAGUGGGUCCUCUUCCAACUUGUCACCCGAAGCAACUAAAGUAUACGGAGGCUUCCAACUUGUACCGGCAACAGAUGGACAGUUCGCAUUUUUAAUCCCCAACGCUGCAUUUGCCCCAAAUGGUCCUGUAAUCCCAGUGUAUGCCAACAAUGCCAGUACACCCAUUCCAGCGGCAGUAUCUCCAGGCGCACCAUCAGUCACCUCCGACUCCGUUUGGCGGCCUUGGUAGAGACAAAACUCUUAAAGACAUUUAACCGUUCACUAAACGUUUCACACUUUUUUUUUUUUUUUUUUUGUAUGGAGAUGUUUUAAGAAGAGAUUUAUGCACUAUAUUUGUAUAGCUCAAAAGGGAGAGAAGUUCAUAUUGAAACUAUUUGUAUUGUUGAAGUCCGUUCAUUGCAUUUUUAUAUUUGCGGUAUCUUUUCUAAUGUUGAUGCCAAAGAUAUGUUGAAUGCAUUCACAAUAUUCUUCUUUUUGGAAGACUAAUAAAUUUGUAUGAAAAUAG